AAAAAGGCCCGCAUCUGGAGAGAUCCGGAUUUGUUGAUGGCGGGGUCGAAGGAGCGCGGAACGUGGCGUCACCCAGUUCGUAGCGUCACCAGCGGCGCCAGUGGAGGUUGCGAUGGUGCUGAGCCGUGCCGAACACUGGGUGGAGUCCAGGCGCGAGAGCGUUCGUUUGGGAGCGGGCUGCUGUGGUUCGUCUUGAUUGAAGAAAUUCCUCAUGAGAGACAGCAUGUCAAGCAUAAGAAGCCUUCCCAAUGGGUUUAUUUCUUUGGGACAGAGGAUUAUGCCUGGAUUGAGGAGGAGAACAUCAAGCCCUAUGCAAAUUAUCGUGAAAAGUUCUCUCGAGGAGGAAAGGGUGGCCUUAAGAAGGCCUUGGAGGCCAUUGAAGAGUAUGUGAAGGGACACCCUGAAGCCUUGGCAUACAAGCCAGAAGUAUAUGACUAUGUGGAUGAUGAAGAAUCUGGCAAGUUCCCUACUUCUGCACCAGCCAAGAAGUCAAAAGACACCAAAAAUGAAUCAGUUCUGGACGUUGAAACCCUAACGGAUACCCUGAAGGGAAAAAAAAUUGAACCCUCCACUCUUAAGUUUGGCUUUCUUGGCCUUGGGAACAUGGGCUCAGGGAUAGUGAAAAAUCUCCUCAAUUCGGGGCACAGUGUCUCAGUUUGGAAUAGAACACCAGACAAGUGUGGGAACUUCGUGAAAGCUGGUGCAGUGCAAAGCAUGACCCCCGAAGAUGUCGUGACUGCAUCUGACAUCAUCUUCUGCUGCAUGUCAGAUCCCCAGGUCUCCAAGCAGAUCAUCUAUGGGAACUGUGGGGUCCUGAGUCAGAUGACUGCGGCCAAGGGUUUCGUGGAGAUGACGACUUGCGACCCCGAGCAUUCCAGAGACGUGGCCGAGGCUAUCAACGGGAAGGAAGCCAGAUACUUGGAGGCCCAGAUUCAGGGGAACAAAGAGCUGGCGAAGGAUGGGAAUCUCGUCAUCCUUGCGGCCGGAGAUCGAUCUCUCUUCGAGGACUGUGCCAGCUGCUUCACGGCCAUGGCGACCAGCUCGGUUUUCGUCGGCACGUCUGGUGAGGUGGGGAACGCCAGCAAGAUAAACUUGCUGCUGCAGGCGAUAUCGGGUGUGAGCAUUGCGGCCCUGGGGGAGUGCAUGGCGGUCUGCGACCGCACGGGGAUCCAGCUCAGCGAUUUCACCAAGAUCUUGGAGAAGACCCAGCUGGCUUCUCCCCUUCUCCUCGGCAAGGCUAAAGCCAUCGUGGAGGGGAGUUUCCCGCCGGAGACGCCGCUGUCUCACAUCCAGAAAGAUCUCCGUCUCGCCGUCGGGCUAGGGGACAGCCUGGACACUCCCAUGAGUCUCUCGGCCACAGCCAACGAAGUGUACAAACAUGCCAAGCGGAUCGGCUACGCGGAUCACGACGUCUCUGCCGUCUACAUCAGGUCUCGCUUCUGAUGGUCCGAUUUCGUCACGUAUCGAUCGGGUCGUGCGAGAUCCCGUAGACCUUAAGUCUUUUUGAACAUGGUUUUUUUUUUCUCUGCAAAAAUAUUUGCAAAGUGACGUAGGUAAUAGAGGAACCAUUUUUGCGACGACCGAGACGUCCCCCUCUUGUUUUUUUUUGUUAUCGACGAUCACACGCUCCCUUUUUUUCGUCUGUAAUGAUGUGUGACGACAGCCAAGUGCAAAGUGUGUUGGGACUGUGUUGCAUGUUUUUUCUUUUUUUUUUACUGCCAUAUUACGUUGUUUAUAAGUUGCUACCUCUAAGAACGAAGUAUCACAGUUCAAAUCCGUUUACACGCAUCUGCAAGUUUGUUUUUAAACUUUUUUUUUCUCUUUGCACCCAUUCCACGUAAUGUCAAAGGUUGUCAUCGUUUUUGCAGCAUCUCUUCUCACAUGUGCCCUAUUCUAGACUCCAGAUGUAACAUAGAUGCUUUCUCUCAUCCAGAUGAGUGUUCUGCAAACGCAUGAUUGUCCGCGGCAUAUUUUUUCUUCUCCGUUUUCCCUGCCAGUCCGUUCUCGAAUCACGAAAAAAUUUGCAAAAUAAAAAAGAG